AUGGCCGGGCCGGAAUGGAUAAGCCAACUCAGUGCGGGUACGAUUCACUGCACAGACAGGACCACGCAUGUUAUUUUUUGCAGGAGUCUUCGAUUUGAACAUAAUUGGACAAACAGGCGAAGCCAACCGCGGUUCCUUCAAAUUUGAUGCUUUUCUGGAAGCGACGCCCGAUUGGGGUGACCCAGAACCCAGAAAAAGUGGGAAAACCGUUUAGAUAAUCCAAACACAACGAAUUCAGAGCACAAAUACGACGUUUCGCCGUUUAUCGAACGCAACGAGUUAGGCGUUAAACUGGCACAGUUUUCCAUAAAGUUGCUAAACAAAUCGGUUAUUUGUAAAAUGCUUUGAAGAAUUUUAGCAGUUUUCUAACGGACUGGACCGGAAAAAAGUUGGAGCACAUUGUCAAGGAGUAUCUGUUGCAUGACGGCAUCAGACACAUGCUGUGCUUCGUUUCAAUUCCAGUCCCUAUUGAUUACUGCUGUCAAGGAUUGAUAGAACUGGUGCAAGCGUCUCAAAACCGACCAAAAGUCUGAAAUUACUAAGCAUACGACAAAACCGUAAUUCUCUGUCUAUUCAGAAAUGUUUUCCUAUGAUCAUCGUCGUCACGGCGGGAAGGGCUGAAGCAUCCGAUGCAUACAACAGUUUGAUAAGUAAGAAAGCAACAUUUUCUCAGAAAAGUUCGAUGCGUAAAGUGUAUAUUCACAGAAAGGCGUAAGUGGUGUAAAAUCCGAGAUCUCGGACGUCCGUGGAAUGCACCGCCUCUUCGACGUCUUCAGGAUAAACAUGAGAAACGACCGAAACUCGAUAUAGUCGUCGGAUCGGCCAAAGAUGUUCUGAAGUUUGUUAAAGACACGAACGAUGAGUUAGAGAUGGCGGAUCUGAGGCUCUCCGUCCGACACAUUGUCAUAUCGGGCGUUGAGAAUAUGCCGGUGGAACCGAUAUUCAUGGAUACGUGUGCCGCAAUCGCGAGAUACUUUGCUCAUUCUCCGACCACUUAUCUCUUUCUUUUUGAUUUUGUCGACGCUCCGAGCACUCUUCUGGAGGGCAAGAAGGCGUGCGAAAGCAUUAUUGGGGGCGGAGACAACCUGUUCGUGGAGGUCGAACAAAUUAAGUCAGUUGCUCAGAACAGUUUCAAAUACCUUUAAAACUGCUUUUUCAGUCUUCUAAAGAUUUUCAAAGAGAUAAAGUUGUUGUUAGUGGUGCCGACAGAAGAGUUUGUGAACCGAAUGGCGGCCGAGAAACUUGAGAACGGGGUCGAAAUGGACGAAAAGACUUUCGAGCUCGCGAAGGUAAGAUUUCAGUUUUUAAUCUACAAUUUCACAACAAUUUCAGCUUUUAAUGACACCAAAAGCACAAAAAUUGCAACUUUGUGUCAACACCAUUUCAAAUCUGCGCAACAUGAGACUCGGUGAAAAUCAGCGAUAUCACUGUAUGUUUUUAAAUUUAAAAAUGUUCAUCGGACACUAAGACGCUUCCUAUUUUUCCAGCGGAACGCAAGGAACGCAUUCUUGUCGUCACGAAGAACAAAAUGCAAUGCAUUUUCGUGAUGACGUACUUGAGAAACCGGCAGAAUGUUGGAGAGCCGACGAGCUCUUACUUGGUGGAUAAAAUUAUAGAGUAAGCAACUUUUCGUGGCAAUUUUUUUUGUAAAAACUAUGUGUGCAGAGGUGACACUAACGAAGUUGCGGAAAUGAAGAACUACGAGUUUCGAUACGGACAAGUGGAAGUUCUGGUGAUCGAUUGGCGCUCGAUCCAGUCUGUGCACCGAGGAACCGUCGACUCGGUCAUCUUCUAUGAUCCGCCCGAGCGCCAGUAUUUCCAAACGAUGAUGGAAAUUGAGCUGGAGAACCUGACAUCGAGGGCCGCCGUCCAAAUUAAAGUGUACAUACUGUUUGACGAAAAAGCCGAUUUACAAUAUUUGGGACAAUAUUACAAGGUUUAAGGUUGAGCAAUCUCAUCUCAUCUGUUUGUUUUUCAGUUGCUCGACAAAUUUCACAAAGAUCUGCCUCAAUGGUUUCCAGUCCUUUACGAGAAAUUUCGAGCCGAUUGGUACCAGAAAAAAGAGGAAAGAGAAGCGCUGGCCGCGUCUGCUGCUCAGUCAUAACCAUGUUUUAACUGCAUUUUAUGUACGAAUUAUUUACUUUUCUCGGUCCUUCCAUUUUUUCUCCCGUUUGUCAUAUGAUUUGCUACUAAUUUCCGGUUAGUUUCUUUCCACAUAAAUGCAAUGCUUUUUUCCUAACAAUAUUUGUGUGCAUGUUGAUUUUUCGGAUAUUUUUCCAUUAAUCCCAUAUCGAUUCGUGCACGGUCUCCCUCACUUGCAACAGGCGGGCUGUGUCGAUUUACGCGGCGGCCGAUUAUUUAAUUUUCAACGGGUGUUCGCGUUCUUUCCAUGUCUUCUGUACAAUACACCUAUUUUUGUACGCCUGAAACCUAGAUUCGAAUAAUUAGAGCACUAGUAUUGAAGGUUUUGGCCUGGAUUUUGAUGUUUUUCAAAUAGUUUUCGAAAACUGCUCAAGAAAACUAACCGCCGGAACCUGAAUUUUGUGAAGAAAGAUUCAGCGAACAUUUUUAUCGUUCGUUGGGCUCAUGAAAUGCAAAAUGAGCUGAAAUAUAAAGUUUUGAAGUUUUGACGAAAUGCGAUAAAGACGCUAAAAACAUGAGAAACUCUAAAUUCUGAAGAACGGGUUCCAAUCAGUAAAAUAUUGUUUUCUAGACGUUUUUCAAGUCAAAAAGAAGGAAGUAAUGGUCGUAAACUCGAAUUGAACUGCAUUUUUAGACCUGCAAAUUUUCAAAAGUUACAACGACACUCCACAAUUUACGAGCGCGCUGUGUUUAGCAUUAGAACCCUUGAAGCUCAGCGAUUUGAAGUGAGGAAACAGCGGCGGAAAGCGAGUCGAACCCACUUACAACCGUGUUUCGCCACAGCGCCGCCGCUGCUUCGCCACAGUGCCGCCGCUGUUUCGCCAGAACUCCGCCAGAACAGUGCGUCGUUUUCCGUUGCAACGGCAAUCCGCCACCGUUUCGCCAAAGCUGCUGCCGCAGUGGUCUCGCCACGAUUUGAGUUUGGCGAAACAGCGUUCCGCCGCAGUUUCCUCAAAACGCCUCUUCCGCCGCUGUUUCCUCACUUCAAAUCCCUGAGAGACCGUGAUCGUGUUAAAAUUUAUGCCAAUUGGCCAUAUGACGUCAUCGUUUCCGCGCGGUGUCCGCAGACUAGGAAUAUGUUUUCUUAUUUCCAGAGAAAUGGCAUCGGAGCGAAAAGCGACAAUGUACGGACAUCUGGUGCCGAACAGCGCUGAAAGAUGCGAGGAGAACGCGGAAAACGUGUUCGAGAUCGCACCGAAAGUCGAUAUUCUUGUUAGACUGAUCACGAACAGCACGGGUAAGAGAAGAAGAACAAUUCUGAAAAUAGAGAAGAGCAUAACGAAUUAGGUCCGAUUCUGGUGCUGUUCGGGAAUGCGAAAACGUGCAGACUCGUAUCGCUUGAAGUGCAAACGUCUGGAAUCGAAACCAAGAUUCUAACGAACGACAUGCUCGACGACGUUGACGUGGAGAAGCUGAAGACACAGAUUAUGAAUGCAUCAGGAGCCGGAAGAUUCGCAAUGCUGACUAAUAUCCACGCUUUUGAGAAGAUCCAGUUGCCGCUUUUCAAGCAGGUUUGUUCAGACGCUAAAAUUCGGCUGCAACUAUAAAAAAAUCAAUUUUCAGUACAUAAUCUUCGAUUUGCCAGACAAAGUGGUUUGGUUCCCGAAAACGCUAAAAUCCAUUGAAAAGUUGGCCCGUGCGGAGCAGUGCACCGUCCGAAUCGACACGAUUAUCACCAAAAUGACUCCGCUGAUCAACAUAAAAGCCCAACUGGUGGAGAUGAGCAAACGGGGGUGCAGCCUGCCGGAAAGUCUGAUUCAGCUGAUGAGCUGCAAACAGUGCGUGCAUCAUUCGAUUCUCCUUUGAAUUACAUCUGCAUUUCAGACGACAGCACGACCAGCUCAAAGAAAAAGAAAUCGAUGCAUCGACUGAGACAAAGGAGAAAAAGAGCGAAGAUGUGGUUCCUCUGAAGUAAGUUCAUUGAGCUCAAAAGCCUUGGCCAAAUUCACUUUUUUACAGGCAACCGGUAAAAACAUCCAAGGCUACUGUAAAACAAAUCGAUGCAUCACUUGCCGAACUAGCCAUCAAAGAGACGAACGCCAUUCAUGUCCCUAUUGUGCAUCCGUCUCCGUCUUCCGUUCCAUCCUCAUCCACCAACUCUUCGUCGACCCCAUCUUCUUCCAAUUCUUCGGAUUCGACGACAGCUCCGUCGCGCAAAGCUCCGGAGCCGGUCAAACAGAAUAAUUCUUCCGACUCAUAUUAUUUGAAGCCCCUGGGGAACGGGAUGUUCUUGAUUCCGAAACCGAUGUACGCUUGUGAUUCGGACGAAGAAGAAGAACGCUGGGCGGCGAUGGAGGCGGAGGAGAGUGCCAAAGAGGAUGCCGGACAGAUGGAUGAUUCGUAUGCCUAUGAUUCGUCGGAAGAAUACAUGUUUGAAUACUAA